AUGGAGCCAAAUGGGGUCCCUGUUGCUGCGCCAUCUGCGGGCGAAUUAAUUCUCCAACAAAGAUCUGACGCACUGCAGUCAGCGCAAAGGGGCGACGGAAGUCUUCUCUCACAGCUUACGAGCAAUCCCUUGUUCACCGCGGGUUUUGGCCUUGCAGGUCUAGGAGCAGGCUUGACAUUUGCACAAAAGGGUAUUCGACAUGGGGCAGCUCUUCUUCGACGACGGAUGUUGGUAGAUGUCGAGAUCAGCAUCAAAGAUGACUCCUACCCGUGGUUUCUGCACUGGAUGACCCUCUAUCAACAAUCACAACUUAAUGCAGGCCGAGCUGCAGCGAAUACAUCCGGCUACAUGGACCGGUUCCUUCAAAAACUCACACCCGGCAUGCGCCACCUCUCCAUUCAAACGCAAAAGGUCGAGCAUUCGAACGGGGCGAUCCACACACACUUUUCUCUGGUCCCAGGACCUGGAAAACACGUCUUACGAUAUAAGAAUGCAUUUGUCUUCGUAAAUCGCAUGCGCGAGUCGAAAUCUCGUGACAUUCAAACCGGAAAACCAUGGGAGACAAUCACCCUCACCACCCUCUACUCUCAGCGCCACAUCUUCGAGGACCUCUUCACCGAGGCUCACGCAUAUGCUGCAAAGGGGCACGAGGGCAAGACGACAAUCUAUAACAGUUGGGGAACAGAGUGGCGACCGUUUGGAAAUCCACGCCGGAAGCGUCCAUUGGACUCGGUUGUUCUCCACGAGGGAGUCAAGGAACGGGUGGUGGCCGAUGUGGAAGACUUCAUUUCUAGUUCAUCGUGGUACCAUGAUCGUGGAAUUCCGUAUCGACGAGGAUAUCUCCUAUAUGGUCCUCCAGGUACCGGCAAGAGCUCAUUUAUUCAGGCACUGGCAGGAGAGUUGGAUUACGACAUUGCGAUUCUCAACCUGAGCGAGCGGGGCUUAACCGAUGAUCGGUUAAACCAUCUGCUCACGAUCGUUCCCAACCGAACGCUUGUCUUGUUGGAAGAUGUGGAUGCCGCGUUCUCCAACCGACGCGAGCAGAGCGACGCAGAUGGCUAUCGCGGGGCCAAUGUGACCUUCUCCGGGUUGCUGAACGCACUUGACGGAGUCGCUAGUGCAGAAGAGCGCAUAAUUUUCCUUACCACCAACCACGUUGAACGACUGGAUGAGGCAUUAGUCCGUCCUGGGCGUGUGGAUAUGACGGUUCGUCUGGGCGAACUGACUCGCUACCAGGUCAGCUGCCUAUGGGAUCGAUUCUAUGAAGAGAUCGAUACCAAUGGAGCCUACCGCAAAUUGUUCCUGGAUCGACUUCAGGAACUUGGCUUGAUUGAAGAUGAAUCCGGUCACAAGGCCGAUCGCAGCAGACAGACCAGCGCAGCUGCCCUACAGGGCUUGUUUUUGUAUAACAAGGGUAACAUGGAAGGUGCGAUCGCCAUGUCCGAAGGUCUUCUCCACACUGUGCACACCGAGGCACUAGGUCAGGACCAGAGGAAGAACGAAUAA